GCAGCAAAUGCGUGCGUGCGUGGCACUUGACUAGCAAGUGCAAAAUUUUCUUCAUCUCCACUCCACCUUACAGCACAAACACAGCCCUGUCACUGAUGCCACAAGUGCUUCCUCUCGGUUUCACUUUCUAGGUUAAUAAUAGCUUCGCAGUGUUCCAUCGCACCUUUCAAAUUCUAACGAUUCAAAGUCACUGCCCCUACGCACCGUUUCGAUUCCACCGACUCGUUGGAAGCUUCAGAGAGGAACGGAGCAGAGGCCCAAGUGCACUCUGGCGCUUCUAGAAGAUGUCACUUUAUAUUGGUAAUCUGUCGGAGCAUUCUCGAAGAGAUGAACUCGAGCGUGUUUUCCGUCGAUUUGGACAUUGCAAUGUUCAGCUGAAAAGAGAUGGCUAUGGCUUUGUAGUAUUUGAUUUCCCUCUGGAUGCGGAAAAGGCUCUGAGAGCACUGAAAGGUAGAAAUAUUUGUGGGGAGCAGCUGACUCUGACAUGGUCAAAUAAACAGCCUAAAACAAACUUUUCUAGAUUUGCUAGGGGUGGUAGAAGAAAUGCAUUUGAGUUGCAACAGGUGAGAAAUCCUGAUAGAGCCGGGUAUUUGAGAAGAAAAACAGGUUUCAGUGGGUGGUCAAAUCAGAAUAUUAGUAGGGGAAAAUCUGUGGAAAUGCCUGGCGAUGAGAGGGAAUAUUGCCAUGAUGACUUUAAAGAUUCUGUUGGGGAAGAAAAGGAUUAUGGGGGAGAUUUUCCUGAUCAAGGCGGUGGGGUUGUUGCUAACAUGGAGGAGAAUGGUAGAUGGGGUGAGCCAGUUCAUGAGCCUUAUCAUGACAACGGAAAUGGAAAUGGUAUAGAAUUUGAUCGUUAUGAACCUUAUCAGGGCCAUGAUAGGAAGUGUGACAAUGAAGAUUAUCAUGUUGGUUACUCUGGUGGUUCUCCAGCACCACAUUCCCAGGAGAAUAUGGGCAGAGUGCAGAUUGGUGAGGAUACCUCAAGUCAGCCAAAUGGCUCAAAGUUCCAUCAAACAUGUUUUAGAUGUGGUGAUCCAGGUCAUAAAAAGCGAAAUUGUCCAGAAGAACAUUCUUCACAGAGGAAAUAUAACAGGUUGGAUGUUCGGCAUAAUAAUAGAAUUUACAAGAAGCAGAAAGGUGAAGAUGAGAAUACAUUUAGAUCUGGUUCCUGGGUGAAGCUGCAAUCAAGUGGGGAUGCUUUGCCAAUGAGGCACCAGAGAGAUGAGAGAAGGUUGUCUGGUUCUCGACAUCUGCUUGCACCACGGAGAAAUGAAUCAUCCCCUUUAACAAGGGAAACUGAUAGGCAUCAAAAAAAGGAGUACGAAGGAAAGAAGCGGAGCAAAAAUGAAAUAGAGUUGUCUGAAAGAUCCAGGGCAAAGAUGUCCAAGCGAUCAGUCUCACCUUCUUUGCUGUCAGAUCACUCUGCAUCUCGCUCUCUUUCAAAUUCUCAAUCUUCCAAGUCACUGUCUAGGUCUAGUUCUCAUUCUAGAUCAAGAUCUGUGUUUUCUAGAUCACAUUCUUCAUCGUCGAAAUUAAGGUCAUCCUCAAAAUCUCAGUAUCAUAAAGGCAAAAGUUUGAAUUCUUGGAGAUCAAGCUCCCCUCUGUCUUUGUCUGUAUCACUCAAUCAGCCUUUAUCAUCAUCUCCAAAUAAAAUGCAGUUGAGUUUAAAAAGCCCAUCUAUUAAUGGUGCUGCUCUUGAAUCUGUGGAUCAUUUGGUUGCACAGGGACAACAAAUUGGCAGUAAAAAAGAAUUGGAGAAUCUUCAAUCCAAAGAUACAGGUAUUGCUAUAAAUGGAAAAGCUGCAGUGUGUACCCCAGUGGUGGAUGGUGUUGCAAAGGGCCAAUUUAUACAGGAAGACAAUCAUGAAAAUCAUAUUUUCUUAAAAUCAUCUGACAGAGUAACAGAUUUAAAUGAACCACUUAUUGGGAAUUUAUCUCCGCAGAUAGUUAACGAGACAAAGGGUCUUGGGCAUUCUGGAACACUGAUGUUGGAUGCUAUUUCAACAGAAAUUCAUAAGCCUGCUUCUGAAACAUAUGUCAAUCCUCAUUCUGACCUUUCAACCAUUGUAUCCAUGGAGGAGAUGCGCAUGGUUCAUAAUGACUGUGGCCUGGAACUUCCAAAAGAUGAUGGGAACAAUUUAACUGUUGAUGCCUUCUUUGGAUGUGCUCGAUUGUGGCCUUGGCACAUUGUUUAUUACCGCAGGUUGAAGAAAGGCCCAAUUUCAACUGAGAACUAUGCCAAGCGGAUUGCACAGAAUCAGGAAUUUGGCAUUGUUGAUAAGUAUAUAAGAAGUAGUAGUGGAUGGGGAGAAUUCAGUCCUGAGAAUGCUUGAUUGUUCAUACUGCUACAAAUGAUGCCAUGUUGGUACAUUUAUUCCCAUUGGAGCUAUGUAUCUAUAUUCUACGCUGUCUGGCUCUUAAAUGGAAUUCAGAUGUGAUUUGGUAAUGAUUGUAGAGAAGUUUGCUCGGCAGGGUUGCACUGGGGAGAGGAAGUAGGAAAGGAUUUUUCUCUUCAUUAUAUGGUAUGUACAGAGAACAAAUUGUGGAGGGACCGUUUGACUUUUUGAAGAGCCAGAUUCUUCAACUCUUGUUUGUUGAUCGUUGAACUCAAAACAUUUUGACUUUUGGGCUACUAAAGUCUUCGACACACUUUUGUUGGCUGUGUCAAUGGAGAAAGCGGUGUUGCUCAUCAACCUAGAUUGUUCAAUUGAUCGAUAGAGUAGCUGUUCUAUUUCUAUUUUGAGCACGGUGGGUUUUGGAUUAAUCGUAGACUCGGUUGCAGAUCUUUCAUCCUAGUGAAAAUAUUGAUUUCGGGUCUGUGGGCAACGCUAGGGGGAAGUAGGAAUCAGGUAGGAAACACUUCCAUUUUGGUUAAUUAAUAUUUUGAUCAACAGGAUAUUUUGUACAAUUCAGAACGCAUGGAUAUGGAUGGCGCAGGGGCGAACAUGAAUUAGUGUUCAACGUGUUUGCCAUCAGAAUAAACGAGUUGUUUAGGGAGGACAGGAAAGGUGACAGUGUUGUGAUGUCUAUUUUCCUUGUUCGGUAUCGCAUUCAUAAAAGAUGGGAGAGGUGGAAUUGUUUGCUGUGGGGCUCACUAAAAUGUGUAUUGUUUUCAAUUCUUCACAAAUGGGAGAGAUGGGGGUUAAACAAAGAUGGAUGCGGGCCUCUGGAGUGGAUGAGUGGGGAAUUUAUUUUUUGAGGGGGGUUUUGUGGGUUUUUAGUUGACAAAUGUGUAAAUAUAGUUGUAAUUCAUAGAGAAAGGAUCAUGAUUUAAGGAAGAGAAAAUGGAUGGGAAAAGGUGG